UACCCACUAUUCACACUCAUUCAUCACUAUCACUCUCUCACUUCAUUUAUCUUCAACGCUUCAACAAUGAAAUCCACCGGAAAAAGCCACAAAUCCACCACCGGAAAAUCCUCCUCCGCAUCAGAAUCUCGCAAAGAUCGCAAAUCAUCCUCUGGAAUGAGCGGUUCACCGAAGAAAGGAGGUCACGGAGGGAAGUUCACAUGGAUCGGAUCUGAUCACCUUCAGAUCGGUGCUGAAAACGAAGCUGCUUUGGAUUCUAAGGAUCCGAAUUUUGAAGAUCAUGAAGAAAUCAUCGUCGCCGACACUGACACCGUCGCCGCCGCUGUUACCGUUUGAUUGCGGUGGUUGUGUUUCGUUACUGGUUAUGUAAAUAGAGUAAUUUGAAUUGAAUAAUGUGAAUUGUGAAAGUGAGAUUAUGAAGAAAUGUUUUGGAGUUUGGUUAAUCUAGAUUUAGAAUUAUGUUUAUGUCAUUUUCUAUAUAGUUUUGUAAAUUAAUCAGUGAUAUUAAACUAGUUUAAAGUUUUCAUGACUAUUUAAA